AUGACGGAAACAAAAACAACAAUAUCUACAGACACCGACACCAAUGCUCUUGUCUACCCUCUAUGCACAUUCCUCCUCAGUCUCUACACCCUCGAACACAGCACAUCCCUAUUCAUCAACUCCACAGCCCGCCUCGCGCACCGCCUCCGGGUCUCCGAAACACUCAUCUCCCUCCUCACCGCGGGCGCCGAGUGGGAAGAACUCUUCGUCGUGGUCGCCGCACUGAUUCAAAAUCGCCCACGUCUAGCCCUGGGAAACGUCCUGGGUAGCUGUAUCGGGAAUAUUCUCGGCGCUUUCUCACUCGGCAUUCUCGUCCAAAGCGGAGUCGUCAAAUUCGACGCCAGUGCGAAAAGGUACGCCAUCGUGCUCUUCGCCGUGACGACAGCGGUAGUGCUCGUCUGGGCACUCGGUCAGGUUUCCACGAAGCCGAUCGGAGUGGUGCUUGUGGUAGCAUUUGGUAUUUAUGUCGCUGCAGUGGGAUGGUCGAUUUACCGUGGGAUUCUGGCCGCGCCAGAAGAUUCGGACUCGGAUUCGGAUUCAGACUCAGACAGCGAGUCUAGCACCAUCGAACACGAGCCAGACGAAGUUGCCGGCAACUCAGGCACUACCGAUGAUCAGCGCGACGAAGGCGCAGACCCAGAUGAGUCAGUCACGCUUCUACGCCAAAGGAGACGGCAACAACGUCGGAUUAUCUGGGACCUUGCAAAACUCCUCGUCGGGUUCAUCGCCCUCUCAAUGAGCGGUUACAUCCUCUCGCACUCCUCGGGGUUGCUGGCUGCCAGGUUCGAAAUCUCAGAGAGUGUGUUUGGAGCCACACUCUUGUCCCUCGCAACCACAUUGCCAGAGAAAUUCGUUGCCGUGGUCAGCGGAGCACGUGGCCACCCUGGAAUACUGGUCGCCAACACGGUCGGAAGCAACAUCUUCUUGUUGACACUGUGUCUGGGAGUUACCAUUUUGGGCUCCCCCAAUCUCAGUAUCCGAUCCAGUUAUACCCACGAGAUGAUAUGGUUAUGGGCGUCUUCAGCCGUCCUUGCGCUGGUCAUCAUGGUGGGGUCACACAGGUUGAUCGGAGCGGCGAUGCUGGUAGCAUACCUGACAUUUCUGGUCCUGGAAUUCGUGCUCUAUAAGUCUUAA